GUCAGCUCAGUUGGAGGGUGCUCAUACAAGUAACAGGUUGAUGCUGACUCAACGGAAGAAUCAAGAGGACUACACAAUCGAAAAGGAUACUAAAAUCAGUUUAACCAUAAUGCUGUACAUUGUUGUGGCAAUGCUGUGCCUUCUGGCAAGUGGAUCUCAGGCGGCGCCUGAGGAAGCAGCAAAUAAAACAAACGAUUUUGAUUCUCUCAAUUUAGCAAAGUGUCCUGAGGGUGCCGACAACGCUGAGGAAUGUAUCAAGAGCAUGUUCAAUACGGUUUUGCAACGUUCUAGACUUGGAGUACCCGAAUUAAAUAUAGAGCCGUAUGAUCCUUUGCUCAUAAAUCGUUCGAGUUUUCAUUACUCAAGUGGAGUGGUUAAGGGUCGAAUUUCGGUGCGUAAUGUGAAACUCUUCGGCUUAGCUGAACACAAAAUCGAGAAACUGCGUAUGAAAGUCAAUGGCGACAAGGUAAAAUUCGAAAUGAUUUCGACCAUACCCAAAGUGAAUAUGAAUGGCAUUUACAAGGCGGAAAUGCAGGUGAACUCGUUGCAUUUGAAACCCAAAGGCAAUUUCAACAUAACGCUGUUUGAUGUGGAGAACCAUGUGGUUACGGAUGGAGACAUUUUAAGCAAGGAUGGACACAGAUAUUUUCGUUUCACCGAUAUCGAAGCGGACCCAAAGAUUCGUGAUUUGACCAUUAAGGCCAAUGGCAUAUUCCCGGAUCCUGAAUUAGAUGAGAUUGCACUCAAUGUGGCUAACAACUACUGGCGUGAUAUCUAUGGCGUUAUUUUGCCGGAAACAAGAAGGUCGUGGCUGCCUGUCCUGCUGCGCGUUAUUAACCAGGCUCUGAUAAAUGUGCCAAUCGAUGAUUUUCUCCAGUCAAGCGAAUAAGAUAGCGGUUGUGAUUGCCUUUAGUAUUUGUAUGGAAAUUUCUUAAUGAAACCGGGUUACCUCUAAUAAAAUUCGAGCCAGCGAUUAAAA